GCCUGGAUCAUAUUGAUACAUUCUUGACUUCAGUGCGGACUACAUUUUUAGCUUCCCUGUUGAAUCAGAGAGAGGCUAAAUAUUUAGGUAUAGUACUUUAACGAUAAUCUGGUCUUGGAGUCAACAUGAUUCGUCAGAUCCUAAUCCUGGUCCUGUUGGGUUUUACAGUGGAAGCGAGACCAAAGUGGGAGAAGUUGUUUCAGAAGUCAGAUAAUGAUCGGGUGCCAGGCCAGUACAUUGUUGCUCUAAAGCCUGGGUUCAAGGCUGACGCAUUUGUGACUAAGGUUGAAACACAGAACUCUCCGUCGUUUGCGAAUUGUUCCUUCUUCCACGUCUACAAGAGUAUCAUCAACGGGUUCGCCGCCAAACUCACCACAAAAGGCUUAGAAGAACUUCUUAGCCUUGAAGAGGUGUCUUUGGUGGAGGAGAACGGAGUUGUUCGAGCUCACCAAGCCUACCCUGGGUCGUGGGGGUUAGAACGGGUAGACCAGAGGUUCCUUCCACUAGAUGGACGGGCGGAUUUCACAGGUGACGGAAGCGGUGUGAAUGCGUACAUCUUAGACACGGGCAUCUAUCCAUCUAACAGCUAUUUCAACGCAAGAGCUACUGUGGGGUACGACGCUGUCGGCGAUGGACAGGUUUGGAGUCGCGACAAGUCUCUUGUCGGGGACGUUGUCGCUCGUCUUGGCGAAGACAGUUUUGUGAAACACUUAGCGGACAAGUCGAGCGAUAGCGUCAAGAUGUCGUUGAUCUUGAAGUUAUGA